AUACCACUUGGCUGCCUGUAACCUGUAACGUCUGAUCCUGGGUUACUGUCGCACACUCAGUGUAGUGUCGCAGUAUCUUGGACAAUUCAUAACUGGGAUCAAACUGCGACUUUUAUCACCUGUCUACUUGCUAUCAGUCUAGGAACCACUUGGAGCCUGUCUGGUCGCUUUGAGGGAGUCUGAGGGGAGAAGUCUCAUUCUCUAUCGUUCGCGUUCAAGGCUAGCCUGAUACGGGCAAGUUAUCAUCAGUUCAUCUCCUGGACACUUGACCGUUUGAGAAGAUGCGUCCCAUACUCCUCUGCCUGCUCGGAAUCAUCCUAGCAGUUGGUGCGGAUGCUGUAGGUAUAAAUCCUCAUGAUAUUCCAGACUUCUCCUCAAAAUUCCUGAUUGAAGGGAAUACUAAGAGUUUCCUAGAGUUGAUGAAAACCCAUUUUGCCAACUCUCUUGACUACUUAUACAGUGGCAAAUAUUAUGAGAGCCAGAAAAUUGAGUACCCUGGUAUGGCCAAGCUUCUUGUGGAUGAGAGUGAUCGCCAAUGGGAGGAAGGUAUGAAUGUCCUUAAGAAGUAUCUCCAUUUAGGAGGAACCACAGAAGGAAAUAAUUUCAUUAACAGCAUGGAUUUUACCAAAAGUAUUGAGUCACGUGAUGCAGCUGAGGUUGAGUACAAGAAUUCCCUGAAGACAGUGAUGGGGAAGUCUCAGGCACUGAUCAAGGAGAUUACAAAACUGCAUGUUAGUGCCAACAAAGUGCCUUCAAAGAAUGGUGAUGUUUCUCUUUCACAUUUCCUGGAAGAAAAAGCUGAGAAAGAGUCUGAUGUGGCAAGGAAGAUGGCUGGUCUCUAUAUAAUGCUUCGGAAGAUGGUUUCUAAUGGAAUUGCAGUUGGCAUCUUUGACCAGAGUCUGUAAAACUUUAUUGUAUUCAUUCAUCAGAUAUUUUAUUUAAAAGUAAGAUGGAAGAACCAUGUAGAAUUUUUUCUCAUGGCUUCUAUGUUGGUUUAUUGUCUAAUCUAAGAUAAUCAAUAUACAUUUACUGUAUGUACUUUUACAAAAAGCAAAAUAAAUAAAUAAAUAAAUAUAUAUAUAUAUAUAUAUAUAUAUAUAUAUAUAUAUAUAUAUAUAUAUAUAUAUAUAUAUAUAUAUAUAUAUAUAUAUAUAUAUAUAUAUAUAUAAUGAUUUUGAAAAUGAUCAUACAAGAACUUACUUGAUGUACAUUUUCAAUAAUUGUGCUGAAUACUCAGUAUGUUCCUUUGUUUAUGUUAUGCAAUACAUAAGUGAUUAGAAUGCAUUUUAUAAUGCUUGUUGUAUAAUAAUAUGUGCUCAGCUUGGAAGUAAAUGCAUCAGUAGCAUAUUUUUUUGUCAUUCUAGAUAUAUUUGUAACUGAAAUUCAAGUACACUGUGUAAUAUUUAAUCUCUCUGCCAUUGGUAGUUAAGCCUGUAUUGAACUCAUGUUUUUUUUACUCAGGAGAUAGCAAAAUACUUGUAAAGUAUCCAUAUUUGUUUUGAUUAUUUUGUAUGAAAAGUACAUAAUAAAAAAAUCAUGAUAUACAUACCUCAUCAGAAAGUACAUAAUAAUCAGACAGUUAAUACUCUGAAAUAUGUUUCAUUAUUAAUUUUAUAGGUAUGUUCAGAUAUAGAAUAAAGGCUCCAAAUACACUUAAUAUGCAAAUAAUUCUUUAAAAAUAUUCACCUGAAAUUAUCAAAAUUUCCAAGAUUAUGUUAAAAAUUGCCUCUUUAAGAUGUAUAGCUAAGUAUGGUGAAAUAUAAAGUAUUUUUGGCCAA